AUGGGAGGUGUCAGUGCGCACGAGCCGCCCGCAGCGUUUGUUAUCGGUGCUUCUAGGAACAGGGUUCCGCAAGCGGACGGGACGCGUGCUUGCGUUUGGAAAUCGAAUUCAAGCUUCAGAGCGAGUAGGGUGCCUCGAUUCAGGACUAGAAUAACGUUAUGGUGCGAAUCAGAUCGAGAAAUCUUGAAGUACACUGGGAGCGAGGCGCCCCCAACCGCCAAUGGCCACAACGCGCACACCGACUUGGGAGUUCAGCGUACCGGACAGGGUUUGAUGUCGCACUUUCACGGGUCCAAGAACCCAGCACACUCCAACGGGCAUCAACCCGUAGAACAAGGCAUGAAGCACAGCGCUUCUGGGUUAAGCACGGGUCGAAGGGACGCUGGAACCGAUGCGCAGCCCCGGCCGCCGGAUGGUGCACCACCGCAGCAACGCGGCGCGCUGGAACCGGAACCGAACUCUCGUACAGGCGACUCGUCUGCGGUAUCUGAGCGAGAGUCGAUUUCGGUAACUCCCGACGACUAUUUGUCUGAUUUACCAAGGAGCGUGGUCCUGGAGUCCUUGAGAGACGAAUCGCUCAAGACGCUACUGUCUCCGUUGCCGAGGCCGGCACGCCUGCGGAUAAUUUUGAUGGGGAAGCCCGCCUCUGGCAAAGGCACCCAGGCACCGCUUAUCGCGCGUCGGUUUGGUAUGGUCCACAUAUCAUUGGGAACACUGUUGCGAAACGAGAUACGCUCGAAUACUGAACUCGGCCGCCUGACCAGCGAAUAUGUGCAUCGUGGCGAGCUUGUUCCUGAUGAUCUUGCACUGGCUAUCCUGAAAAAGCGACUCUCUCAAGAGGAUUGCCGGAAUAAGGGAUUCAUCUUGGAUGGAUUCCCCCGUACAGAGCGUCAGGCAGUUUUGCUUAAUCGCGCCGGCAUCGAGAUCGACUACGUCAUCGUACUCGAAAGACCUGACGAGGAUUUGCUCGAUUGGGCACGUGAGCGUCUCCUUGACCCGAUUACGGGCAUCAUGUAUCACCCGCGGCUGGCGCCUCCGCCGCCGCACGUUGUUCACCGGCUCGAGCGCCGCUGCGACGAUAAGCUGGAAAUCGUGCACAUGCGCUUGAGGCAGUAUGCACAAGAGGCCCCAAAAAUCAUGGCCCAAUAUAGCGAUCGACUUUCUAUUGUGCGAACGGAUAACACACGUCCGUACUUGGACACUUUUCGCGAGAUCUCAGAGAUUCUGGAACGCUUGAUCCUCCCUCGAGACGAUGAAGAGAAAUGUGAAGUUCGUUUGGAAAGGACCGGCCUUUGGCGGCCGCGAGGCAUACACCGCGUGGCACUUCCACGUGGCGCAUUGUUCAAGGCCUUAGAUUCGUUUGCACACCGCAUAAGAGAGAGGGAUUACGUACCGCUCUAUGCGAGCACAGCUCAAGAUGCACCGCGGAUCGGCCUUGUUGGACGCAACUGGGCCGCAGAGCUCCUAUCCGCUGACACCGACCAUGAAGUGUUUGACAUUCAGCUGGAGACAUGUUCAGUAUUCGAUGCCAGUGAGACCACAGACAGCGGAUUUGUCCGUUUCCAUGACGACGCUACGACGGAGAGACUGCAGCAAGUUAUGCAGCGGAUGCGAGACCGCGGCCUCAUCGAAGGUUGGCGAAACGAAAGGGUGCCGCUGCGGCUCGGUAAUGGCCGGUACCUGGAAAUUGAACGCGCCUGUAUGCCGUACCUGGGCAUCGAGACGAGUGGUGUCCACAUUAACGGCUACUUUUACAAAGCCGGACAAGACGGAAGACCGGAACUAUUCGUGUGGCUGGCGCGUCGGUCUUGGAAAAAACCGACAUAUCCGGGGCGCCUAGAUCAGCUGACUGCUGGUGGUGUACCGGCCGCAGCGACCUCUGUGCUGCAGCAGGUCAUGCUGGAGUUGUACGAGGAGGCGGCAUAUGUCGGUCCAGCGCCUGUCCCUGUCGGCUGUGUCCGCUACCGCUAUGAGACGCGCAAAGGAAUCUCAGCAAAAGUCCUGUAUCUCUACGAUUUAGAGCUUGAAGAGAACUGGAAACCCUACAACCAUGAUGGCGAAGUGGACGCGUUCUACGCUGUGAGCGCUGAGGAGGCGCUCGCGAGUCUAGUUGAGGCCCAGCAUGAAUGGAAGCCAAACUCGGCGCUGGUUCUCGUUGACUUUUUGGUUCGCCACGGUGUCUUGCAUGCGGACAACGAACCGGACUAUGCGGAUAUCAUAACUCGCUUGCACUGUUGCGGUAUCUGA